GGUAUUAAUCUUGUUUGUGGACUUUCCUCCCCCCGUCCUUGUUCAUUGAUAACCCUUCAUUGUGUCUGUCGCUUUCUCUCUAGCUACAACCACCUUUGUUUCUUCCCUUUUCACUUUCACCUAAUUUCCAUUGCAACUUCGUACACUCGUUUUAUACGGGAGUUGCUUUUGCUCGCUGUAUCCCCGACUACGCUUUCCUCCUCUGCACUCGCUUGCUUUCUCUAUUGAACUGAAAGACCAUUCGUAAUCCGCAUCAUCCGCCACAAAUUUAGCAUCAUGAAGACCUACAUCUUCGCAGUCGCUCUAGCGGCUACUGCUGCUGCCAAGCCGACAGAGCAGAAGCGUGCUUCCAAGAUCACCCCAGUGACCGUCAAGGGAAACGCUUUCUGGGCCGGCAACGAGCGCUUCUACAUCCGUGGUGUUGACUACCAGCCCGGUGGUGCAUCCGACGCAAAGGACCCCAUUGCUGAUGAGGAGGGCUGCAAGCGUGACAUCUCCAAGUUCAAGGAGCUCGGCAUCAACACCGUCCGUGUCUACACUGUUGACAACAGUGCUAACCACGACACCUGCAUGGGUCUCCUCGCCGACGCUGGCAUCUACCUGGCUCUCGAUGUCAACACGCCCAAGUACUCGAUCAACCGUGCGAACCCUCAGAAGUCGUACAACAAGGUCUACCUCCAGAGCUUGUUCGCUACCGUCGAGAUGUUCUCCAAGUACGACAACACUCUGUUGUUCUUCUCUGGCAACGAAGUCAUCAACGAUGACAAGACGACUGACUGCGCUCCUUACGUUAAGGCCGUCACUCGUGACCUCAAGUCGUACAUGAACGCCCGUGGUCUCCGCAAGGUCCCCGUCGGCUACUCCGCCGCCGACGUUGAGUCCAACCGCUACGAGAUGGCCGAUUACAUGAACUGCGGCGACGACUCUGUCCGCAGCGACUUUUUCGGUUUCAACGACUACUCCUGGUGCGAUCCCUCUUCGUACCAGACGUCUGGCUGGAACAUCAAGGUACAAAAGUUCGCCAACUACAGCAUCCCCAUUUUCCUCUCCGAGUACGGCUGCAACACCAACACGCGCAAAUUCGAAGAAGUAAAGGCUCUCUACGAUCCCAAGAUGACCAAGUCCUACAGCGGCGGUCUCGUCUACGAGUACUCGCAAGAAGAGUCCAAAUACGGCCUCGUCGAGAUCAACGGCGGCUCGGUCAAGGAACUCCCCGACUUCACCGCCCUCAAGUCCGCCUUCGCGGGUACCCCCAACCCCACCGGUGACGGCGGCUACCUCGCCAACGGCCAGGCAUCGCAGUGCCCCUCUCAGUCCAAGACCUGGGAUGUUACGCUCAAGAGCAACGAGUUGCCCAGCCUGCCUGAUGGUGCCAAGGAUUUCUUUAACAAGGGCGCUGGUGAUGGUCCUGGUCUCAAGGGUGACGGUUCGCAGGAUGCGGGUUCUUCCACCCCGGAUAUUGGUGAUGCGGGCGCCGGUGCUGUUACCUCUGGAGGCAAGACGCCUACUUCUUCGGGCUCCCCCGCCAACUCUCCUGGCGCGGCUGCUAAUGUGCGUCCUAUGAGCUUUGGUCUUGCGCCCAUUGUCUGCGGUGCGGUUGUGCUUGCCUCUUCGCUUUUCGGUGGCGCACUUGUUUUGUAAGCUAUUUUACAACACUUUGCCGGCCUUUUCUCGAGCCGAGUUAUUAUAUCAAAACUCAAGUUUUCUACUACUACACCUUUUUUGGGCGCGCGCUCCCAUAGAUUAUUUCAUCGUCUAGACCCGUUUCUUAUAAAGAAAUGGCUCGCGGAUCAAUGUAGUGCAACGACCCAGUGCGGGCAACGUUUUUUUUUUAGAGUUUUUAGUUUUCAGCUAUCUGGGGAAUUUUAGACGUGAGAAUUUUAUAUUCUUUGUUCAACAUCAUGUUAUGCCAGUUCACACACACACUAUGUCCUUCCCUUCCGGUCUUGCUUCUCAUCGAUAUCAAAGCUUGUUAUAGUCCCUUUUUGCAUUCACAUUACGGCA